AAUCUCUAAGUAGUGUAGGUAUGAGCAGCUUUAGUCAAUGUGGCAAAAACAUUUUGGAAUGUCUCUGUUUCAGUUUACUCCCAUCUAACAACUCAAGGGCUCUCUCUGCUUUUCUGCCAGCUUCUUUCAGAGUCUCCAGGCCAUCCUUUUAACCUGCCUCCAGUCUUUCUAGUCCAUGGGCUCCAUCAUCAGCCUCAUGUUUUUACUCUUGUUUGUGUUUGCUGUUAUGUUCCGGGAGAUGUUUAGUGAGUCAGACCUGGAAUGUCAUCCUCCAUUAAAUCCUUACACUGGAUGACAGGUCCCUGAUCUAUAUGACCAGCAGAGACAACGUCUCUUCAUUGCAGUGUUAGUGGAUAACGUCCAGCGGAGCAUCAACAAAAAGAGGGCUUUUAAGAGUCAACAGCAGUACUGGAGAUGAGUCAGACUGAGAAAGAGGAGGAACUCAAGGAGGAUACAAGGAGGAUCUCAGAUAUGCUUUCUAAGGAGAACAAACACAGCAAGAGAUAGAACUGAUAACAAGGUAUCUGCAAUUAAUGGCCGACAUGGACCAGCACAUGCAGAAGUAUAGAUCACAAACUUGUUUGCUGGACAAACUUGUGGAAACCUUCUUUAAGGACCGGGAUCAGGAGACUCAAAAUGACAGUGAUGAGUAACAUCAGACGUGUAGACCUCCAGCAUCCACCAACCCGUUCCAGUUCAGAGCAGUAUCCACCAAGUAGCGCACACACAAGCAAGCACGCCUCCAUCACCAAUAAAGCCUGAAAGCAGAAUACAGCUAUGUGAUUAAUGCAUGACAGUGUGUAGUAGCAUGUUCCUGUUUAUACUAAAUGCACUAGACUUCAGUAAACACAUCCACGUAUGCAGACAUUAGUAAACAGGUUGGAAUUUGUGGUCGAAAAUGCACAUUUAAUUGCCUCAAUCAACUCUGGCUUUCCUGAAAUUGACCCUCAUUUCUUUGGUCUUGUUGACGUUCAGAGAGAAGUUGUUAUCUUAGCACCACAGGGUCAGCUCUCUCAUCAUUACCACUUAUUAAAGUAAUUACUCUGGUGUCACCUGUGAAUGGAAUGACAAACACAGUCAUGUCAGAAUAGGCUGCUUAGUGGAAGGUUAAGAUAGCAGUGAUGAGGUGUGUCAGUCCUAAGUACUAAUGUGGAUGACAGUGCAGUAUCUCUCCUCACAGUCUGGAGCUGCUAUUCAACAGAACAAAUAACCAAGUGCAGAUGGAAUUAGUGAGCCCCCAACACUGAGUUUAGACACUAGUUUAGAUAUUACAAUUAUAUUAAAGACUGAGCUAUAAUAAAAAAUAUAGUGGCUGGAGUGCGUAACGUAUUAUUUUUUGUUUGUUGUUUUUACAAGAAAUCCUUUGUACUUUUUACACUUUUCAUGUUGUUAUUUUAUGAGGUCAAACUGUGAAAGAUUAUUAUUAAAAUGUUAUUAGAAGCCUUUAGCUAACAAUAUUACUAUAAAAAUUACAUAGAUGUUAUAAAAGAGUUCCCUUCAUUUCCAAGAUGAUGAAUAACCUCCAAGAAAAAUGUAGGAUGUGGGUCCUUUAGUGUCUACAGAGAGUUGUGAAGACAGCAGGAAAAAUGAUUGGCCCAAAUCGGUAUCAGAAUGUGCAACUGGUUUGUAUGAGCAUGUGAACUACACUGUCUCUGUACUGUGUUAAACAGUGAUGGUUUGCAGAUUUUUAAAUUGCAGGAUCGCUUUUUUUUUUAUUAAAGUCUACAUUAUCAAAAACAUCUCAAGCUGUAAGAGGAGAAAUUUAACGCAAUAAUACAGAGUUGUGAAACGCCUGUAGAGCUAGACCAAUCAGAUGCAACCAAACCUCCAUGUGUUGUGACAUCCCCACCACAACUCACUGGCUUUCUGGCACACCACAUCAAGGGGUCAAGCCUCAAGCCAGAAGAAGUGGAUAUUCUUGGUAAAAAAACAAACAGGUCUGGACCUCAAUUUAUAGAAGACAAUCGCAAUUUAAAUCAGAAUCGCAACAUUAGUCAGAAAUAUUGUCCCCAAAUCGUUCAGCCCUUGUUUGCAGUAUAUAGUGUGUAAAAUCUCUACUUUAAGGUGUCAAUGUAAGACCAAAAAUAUUUUACUUCAAAAAAAUUUGCCAUUUUAAUUUAAAGUAACCAGACUGCCUUACAAUUUUGAAUUAAAUGAACUUCUGCCAUUAAGUAUAAAGGAUGUAUUACAUUCUGUUAAUUUCGUAUUGGAAGUUCAGUUCAAAAUGUAAGGCAGUCAGUUGAUUUAAGUUAAAACAUGAUUUUUACAGUAUUGAAUGGACGAGUAUCUGAACAACCGCUACAUAAAAUCAAAGAUCAUGGUAAAACCAUGAAUCCUCUCUGAAUUCUUCGCUUUGCUGUUACCCCAUCAGAGCACUGAAGGCGGGGCUUUACUGAAUACGGGUGGGAUUUAAAAUAACGACCGUUGCGUCUGUUUCCGUGAUCUUAUGGUUCCAGUGUAAAGCCGCUUCGGGCCAGGUGGUGGCGCUAAUUCUGUAACUAUAACUAUCUCCAACUGCACUACAGCGGAGAAGCAGAAGGUUGUGUUGUGCUCAGCAGUCCCCGCCUCCGCGCUCAUACAGUGUUGCUGGAGGAACAGAAAUAAGAGCUGAACUGUUGAAGAAAUGAAUGACGUCCAGUUUCAAUUCUUCUCCUGCUCCUAGGAUCCACUUUCCUACACUGCUCGAACAUACUUCUGUAAACACAUCAGGACAUUCCAUAUGGCCUCCAGAAGAAGCUGUAUUCAGCAAACAUCAUCUGGUAUCCUCCACACAAACACAUCUCACAGACAGACAAAGAAACGAAGCAAGAAGAGAACUCACAACUGCUCAGAGUGUGGAAGGAGUUUUGAUCGACAGAGUAAUCUCAAAAUACACCAGCGCAUUCACGCAGGAGUUAAACCGUAUUACUGCUCAGAGUGUGGGAAGAGUUUUACUGUACAAAGUUCUCUCAAACAACAUCAGCGCAUCCACACAGGAGAGAAGCCUUAUCACUGCUCAGGGUGUGGGAAGAGUUUUAAUCAACAGAUUCAUCUCCAACGACAUGAGCGCAUCCACACAGGAGAGAAGCCGUAUUACUGCUCAGAGUGUGGGAAGAGUUUUAAUCAACAGAUUCAUCUCCAACGACACCAGCGCAUCCACACAGGAGAGAAGCCGUAUCACUGCUCAGAGUGUGGGAAGAGCUUUACUCAGCAGAGUUCUCUCCAGCAGCACCAGCGCAUCCAUACAGGAGAGAAGCCGUAUUACUGCUCAGAGUGUGGGAAGAGUUUUACUGUACAGAGUCAUCUCCUACAACACCAGCGCAUUCACACAGGAGUGAAGCCGUAUCACUGCUCAGAAUGUGGGAAGAGCUUUACUGUACAGAGUACUCUCCUAAAACACCAGCGCAUUCACACAGGAGAGAAGCCGUAUCACUGCUCAGAAUGUGGGAAGAGCUUCAGGCAUUCAAAUACUGUGAAGUCACACAAGUGCACUAUGAGCAGUGGUGGACAUGGGCAGUAAUGAGUGUAACCAUAACACCAUGUAAGGAGUCUGGACAAGACUAGAGGGGAAAACCGUGUUUUGUUGUUUCACCCUGUGUCUAAAGUACGUGCAUAAAAUGAAACAAAAUUUCCUGUGCUGAAGUCAAGCCUACAGUAUAUUGUAUUAUGAUAAGUUUAUUUCUUUCACAAUUAGGGUAUUCUUUCAUUGAUUCAUGAAUGCAUAUGUGUGUUAAUUACUUUUACAGCUGUCCUGGUGUAGGGCUUAAAAAAGCUGGUCUGUGAGGAGGAGUUGCUCUACCCCCACCCCAAAUGGACAGAAUUUACUUUUCUGCGACCUGGGUUGUAUCCAGACACACUGAAAGUUAGUGCUUUCUACUGAUCCUCCUCCUCUCCUCCUUGAUCUGAAAAUUGACUUCUUACUAGAUGUCUGAAUACCAGGGGAGAUGGGAGAAGCCAUUCAAAACACCUGCUGAAGCCGAUUUGCAUCAGGGGAAAGAUUGCCAGGAUGCCUUUUAUAGAUUUUAAGGUGGCAUUACUACACGCACAGCCAGACAGGAGAGACAAACAUGGCGCAAAUCAACUGUAUUUUAAAUUCUGUUUUGUUUGUGUUUAUAUUUUCUUUUUGUCAUGUAUGUUGUACUUUGUGCAAUCAGAAAGAAUGAUUUUGCUCAGUAGGUAUUUCAGUUAAGUUCAAUUAAAUAUAACAUUCAUUUUAAUUGAAACUUACAAAACUUUCCCCCACUUUCUACUUGAUCGCUAACCUCUGUCAGGUCUCCUCCUCCAAUCCUGUCAGUUUCCUUCAGCUUCUUUCUCUCUCUCUCUUCCUGUGUUCAGUAAUACAUUAAUUUUAUUAAACUCUUGAUGUCAAUGUCAAAGAUUGACAUUUUCACAAAAAGCUGAAGUCGCUUCUUGUUUUAAUUUUCUCUUUCCACUUUAAAUGGUGGCAGCAGUUACAUUCUGCCAACUUAGAACAGGAAAUUUCAAACAAGAACCUGGUGAAUAGGAAGCCAAUUCAGACUCGUCCUUUUCACUGACAUUAACUUACCGUAAAAACAAUAGAUGGGAAAUACUGCAGUAGUGCUGUUGCUGUUUCCAAAU